AUGGACGCUGAGGGAAAAGUGAGCUCAGCUAAUGAGCUUAAAGAACACAUCCGCCUUCUGACCCAAGAGAACGUGCAGUUACGCAGCAAACUGGGCUCCUUCCAGAGUAAAGUGGCUCAACAGGCCUCCUCCACCAGAGACCUGUCCAACAAACUAGUGCAGAGUGAGGAGGACAAGCUGAAGAUCUCCAGAGAUCUCGUGGAUUCACAGAUUGAAGCCAAUAAAGUGAAAGAGAAAUAUGAGGAAGAGAUAUUUGAGCUGCAGAAUAAGGUGCUGUCCCAGGACGGCGUGAUUUCGUCUGUGGAGGCGGAGUGCGAGCGGCUGAAGCUGGAGGCCGAGUCCCUGAGGGCGGAGUUAGCGGUCACUCGGGGUCAGGGCCGAGAGCUGGAGGAGGAGUACACAGCCCUGAAGAGUAACUUCCUGAGUGUGAGCGAGGCUCUGGAGCGGGAGAUCACGCACUCAGACGAGCUGAGCGAAGAGCUGCUGACGCUCGCACACACACACGACACACUGCUGCGCGAGAGACAGCGCGCACACAAACACACACUCGAGGUGGAGAGGGUCCGAGCGCUGCUCAGCAGGGUCUCGCACCACAGAGUCAAAGAAAAGAUGAGUGCUUCAGAGACUCAGCUCAGCGAGCCUGGGAUCCAGAAUGAGCUGAGGGAGGAGCUAGAGAGGAUGAGGAGGAGUUAUGAAGAACAGCAAAGACGACUGGAGGAGAAAAUAGUGUCUAUGGGAAAAGAUCUGCAGGAGAAUAAGAGAGCGAUCCGCAACACACAGCAGGAGCUAGCCCAGCAGUCAGCCGCUCUGAUUAGCUCUCAGUUCCAGCUGAAGGAGGUGGAGGCUGAAAACUCCAAACUGCAGAAUCACCUGAAGGAGAUCAACCAGGAGUACAGAGCACGACUCACGCACUACAUACACGACGUCACGGAGUGUGUUCGUGGUGUGGGUGAGGGUGAUGUUAGCGCGCGUCUGAAGGAGUUUGUAGACUCUAUGCUGAGGGAGGUGAGGGGGUCGUAUCGCUCCAGAGAGGAACAGCUAACCAGCACUGUGAAAAACUACCGCAGACGCCUUCAGAAACUCAACAAUGCACAACAACAGCUGCUUAUUGCAUACAGAAUGCAGCGAGAGCAGAUCCUGGCCCGUGCUGACCAUGGUCUAGAGGCGGGACCACCUGAGGCCACCUUCAGCCCUGGAGAGUCAGAGAUUAGAGGAGAAACUGAUAGAGAACUACAGAGGCUGAGAGAGGACAAAGAGAGGCUGGAGAAACAGCUCAGAGCUGCACAGGAGCAGGUGUCAGUGCUGUCGCAGCCCUCUCAGAGGUAAGUACUGAGCGAGGAGGCCUGGACUGACAUCAGGAAUCAGCUCAGAGACGUCGCCAACACCACACAGGAGGGGCAGGAGAGGGAGCGGCUGCAGCUGAUCAGCAGGGCGGUGCUGGCGGAGCAGCAGGUGUGUGAGCUGCAGGAGUAUGUGGACAAUCACCUGGGCAGGUAUAAACUGGAGAUUACUCGGUUGCGGAGGAUGCUGGGAUUGGAGGCAGGGCGUUCUCAGAGCGCUGCACUUCCUAAGCCCCACCCCCUGCACACAUCACUCAGAAACACCAGCAAAGAAGCGUAA